AUGUAUCAGAUCCGCGAAGUCCACGUCAAGCAUUCCACUGAACCAACUGAGAAAUCGGAGAUUCUAGAUGCGAUCAAAGCGGAUCACGCACGGGUGGUUGAUAUCAACGACCUUCUCUUGGCGUUACGACGUCUUCAAAAGGUCCCCGAUGAUACGCGCUGGCAAAAGAUCCUUGAUGUGCUCGACGAAGACCAUGAUGGCAAGAUUGAAAUGCAACACGUUCUUUCGGUCAUCGAAUUACUCGGCGCUGAGAAUGUGAAACUCAGCUCGAAGGAAAUCAAACGUGUUCUGGAAAUGUUUGACAAUGAACAGUUGGCUGAAACUGUGAAAUCUCAGGAACUCGUCGAGGAGGCGAAGAAAACAGCGACUACUGCAAACACUGAUAGUACCCCGGUUACUGAGAAGAUGCAGUCUGAUCAAACUCAGUCAUCUGCAGCCACUAAAACGACCACUACACCAUUCGGAAUGCCAAAAUCGCCCGAUUCAUCCAGCUCAACAACUCCACCUCCAUCCAAGCAAACCGAUCCGAAACGGUAG